UUUUAUAAACUAUUGUCGUUGUUAAAGCUAAGCUAGCCAAGGCCACCAAAAGUCAAAAGUAGUCCGUUAGUAGAGUUAGGCCUAACUCAAUUAAUAAUUAUAAAAUGGCUUAGUACCAUUGGUUUAGUGUAGGCUACUACUCACUUCUAUUAAUUAAUUACUAAGAAGAAAGAUUGCCAUGGCUACCACUUCUAAAACUAGUAAAUCAGGAAUUUAUAGCUGCUGUAACAUGUGUUGGACUUGCAGGGGCUUAUUUUUUGGCAAUAAGGAAGAAAUUGAGAAACAUUGUAGUUUAUGUAAUUUGACAAAUUUUAAUUUGAACUCUCAGUCUCAGGGCUUAGACUUAGACACUUGUGGCUGUGACUUUUUUGUAUGUGACAAAGCUGACUACAAAGCACUUUUAACAUUAAAAGAAGCUCUGAGAAAGCACAGUAGAAGAGUAUUUUCAAGUCUUCAUGUUCAAUCCAAAUUACCUUUCAGCAUUAUCAAAGUAUUACUAGCUUUGUGUGUAUCAGACAGGCCUAUAAAUGGUACAAACAAGAAACCCUGUGGUCGUGGUGUCAACCAUUUAUAUGACUGUAAAACUAAACUUAAGAAACAAAUAACAUUAACAAAGAUUUGUUCUGGUCAAGCAGUUGAUAUCAAAGAGAGCCAACAUAAGAUGAAAGCUAGUGUAUGUAAUUAUAAAAAGAUUGACAAAGAAUGUCAAACAGUUAUUUAUAAUCCUGGGUUCGGGGUAACACCUGUGAUAUCAAAACCAAGCUUCGGAGAUGCAUUCAAGUGCAAAUUAAAUCUACAACAGGAAGAAACAGAAAAAUUCUGUAUUGAGUCAUUGUCACAGUCUAGUGCAAUCUCAAUAUCAGAAAAAAAAAAUACUGAUUUGACACAAGAUUUACUAGAUAAACUUUCAGCCCAAUGUAAUAUGGUAAAAGUUGAUUUUCAAUCAUUCUACAUCUGCAAACUUUGCUCUCACAAAUCCAAAUCUGACAAAUUUAUGCUUCGACACUUAAUUUCUCACAAUAAUGGACAAGAAUUUGUUUGUCACUCAUGUAAAUUCAACACAAUCUGGCGAAAAGAAUGGACUCGUCACUUACACAGACAACAUGGGCAGAUCAAGUUUCUAUGUCAUGUAUGUGCUGGAGGAUUUUUGAAAAAAGAUUCAUUUGAAAAACAUAUGGCUUCUUUUCAUUCCAAUUCAGGUAAAAUAGUUUUCAGAACUGCUAUAUUAAAUGUUAUAAAUAAUUUAUAAUUAUAUAAAUUAUUUCUUUCUCUGAAAUGCUACAGUACAGGUACCGGUACAUAAUUAUUGUAGUUGUAGCUGUCAGAAAAUUUUUUUCCCACUUUGAUGCCACUGACUUAAUAUAAUUUUAUAAAUAAAUAAUUGUCUUAGUUUAUACAUUUGCACAAAAAUUUGAAUAUAAGUAUAAAAGCAUCAGACAGGACUACAGAAGUAUCAGGUUUAGACAGCAAGUCAGUAAUGCAUGAAAAAUUACUUUUUAGAUAAUAUUUUAGGUGUUGAGAAAAUAUUAUCACUUAUUCGGCAUCAUGCAACUCCCAGCAGUCACCAAAACAACCUUAGUAGUUAUUAGUUUUUAUUUCUUUUAUUACCAGUAGAAAUAGGUAGUGAGUGUAUUCCAUCUAUUCUAAAUCAUCUGAUAUUUUUAAUACACUUGGAAGGUAAUUAAUUAAUGAAUUAAUGUAAAGCACCUCUCACAAAUUUUGGAUUUUUGAGCUUAAAACUAGACCGUUAGUAGUAGUAGUUUAGGGAUAUAUUUUCAACCAUUUCUAGUAAUUGUGGUACAAUUUCAUCUGCACCUCCUUCAAUUGCCUAUUUUAUCCUUCUGAUAAGGGUAAAAGUAAAUGGUAGUUGCUUGUAAAUAUUCAACUGAAUCCAUUGUACUGUACAUUAACAUUGUUAAAAACUAAACCUCAAUAACAAAGAAACAAGCAUAUAUAAAAAUAUAAAUAUAAUAUAAUAAAAUGAAAGAGAAUGCUAACAUUUAUCUUUUCUUUUUUUUUCCCAAUUAAAAAAAGAUUUACUUGAACAUAAAUGGAUUGUUAAUGAAAUAUUUAAUUUAAAGCUAAAGGAUAGUGUAUCUUGAACUUAAUUUUUUAUUUACCUUCUUUUCCUCAGAAUUACUAUUACAUAAAUUUCAAUGUUCUGACUGUAAAUACUUGGCCAGAAAUAUGGCAUCACUAAAGGAGCAUAGAAGGAAACAUACUGGUAAGAAAUCACAUUAUGAUAUUUAGAUUCAUAAAUAUGAAUUUAAUUUUUUAAUUGCUAUUGACCACUUUCUGCUAAUUUAAUUUAUUAUCAGUUAAGAAUUGAGAGAGCUAAAUCAAUUUAGGCAACAAUUUUUUUGUCCAUGUAAUUUUUGUAUCAAAUUUGAAAUAUUCUGCCUGUACUAAAAAAAUUUAACUCAACAUUUGUUAAGAAUUUUCUAUUUAUUAAAUUUUCAAUAAUUUUAUUGCAGGUGAGUUCAUUCUUUGUCCUCUUGAUGGUUGUAGUUUCAAAUCAAUGUAUGAAAGAUCAUUACACAAGCACUUAAAACAAAAACACUCUCAAGAAAAAACACAAAUUUGCAGCAUAUGUGGAUUUCAGACUCGACAUGCAUCUUCUCUUUCCAAACACAUGAUGCUUCAUAAAGAUUACAAACCAUACAAGUGUGCCCAGUGUUCUUUCACAGCCCUUUACCCAUCAGAGGUCAUCUCCCAUGCAAAAAGCAAACAUUUAAAGCAGAAAAAGUAUUCCUGCCCAAAAUGUUCAUUCAAGACGAGUUACUCUUGGGCCAUUCAAAAACAUGUUGCUCGUCAUGAGGGGCCAAGAGGUUAUGCUUGUUCACUUUGUGGAUUGGCUCUUGAAAGCAUGCUUAAAGCUAAAAAACAUAUGACACUCGAACAUGGAUGUGACGAUUAUCAAGUCAUUUGUGAGUCUGCUAAAAAAUUAAAGCCUGUGAAUUUUAAAAUCAAAACUGAUCCUGAAGCUAGAUUG